AUGGUCGUGCACGCACACGCCAUCGUCGUCGCGAGCGGCACCAGCGUGCAAGCGAAUAAGACGAUUCUCCCGGCGAUCAAGCAAAUAGACGCGGGGAUCGCGCACACGAUUAUGCUACUCGAGACGGGUGAAAUUUUCACGUGGGGGGACAAUUACUACGGUCAACUCGGGCUCGGAUACGCGUCGCGUCAGAACACGCCGCACAUGUUCUACGUCACGCGCUUUCGCGACGUUCCGCAGAUGAUUGACAAGCCCACGCGCGUGAAGAAGUUUGACUUUGUCGAAGAGACGGUGGUGAAUUCUGUACCGAUUAAUUAUACCAUCACCGGGACGAUAAAGGAAGAGGGCAACGCGAUAUUCACACAGGUGCGAAAUUAA